GUAUGUCAGUUCAAAAUUGGAGGGAAAACCGUUCCUAAUUUAGACUCUGGCUUCUGCCUCAGGCGGUAACUCGUGAUUUUCCUCAAUUUUCCCUCAGAUUUAAUAGUCUGAUUUUACUAAAAAAUACGACAAAGUCUGCUAAAGAUCGCAAUAAGUCCCUGUGCGUUGGAAUUUUGUGGAAAAACCUGCAGAAAGUGAUUUUUUCAGCUUGGAGAAAAGUAGAUUCAUCUCGAGGAUGGCCAGCAAUAGACCCAAAUACUGCAGCGAAGGACAGCCCUUCACGGUGUUCAUCGAAGGAAAUAUUGGAAGUGGGAAAACCACCUUCCUGAAUCACUUCCAGAAGUACCAGGACUCCGUUUGUCUGCUCACUGAGCCUGUGGAGCAGUGGAGGAACUGUGGGGGGAUCAAUUUGCUGGAUCUGAUGUAUAAGGAACCGUACAGGUGGGCAAUGCCCUUCCAAACUUACGUCACGAUUACAAUGCUGAACAUGCACGUCCAUCCCACGGAGAAGUCUGUGAAAUUGAUGGAGCGCUCUAUGUAUAGCGCUCGCUAUUGCUUCGUGGAGAACAUGACGCGCUCGGGAAUGUUGCAUCCGGGUAUGUAUAACAUUCUCCAAGAAUGGUACUCUAGCAUCGAGUCCAUGGUGAAUAUCCAGGCGGAUCUCAUUGUCUACCUCCGGACGGAUCCCGAGGUGGCCUAUGAGCGAGUGAAGGCUCGUGCCCGGUCAGAGGAGAGCUGCGUGCCCCUCGAAUACCUCCGGGAGAUCCACAAUCGCUACGAGGAUUGGCUCAUUCAUGGUCUACACCACCGACCAGCUCCGGUUCUCGUGCUAGACGGAAAUCUCGACCUCAAUCUCAUUGGAACUGAAUAUGUGAGGUCAGAGAGUAGCAUCCUCAAGCCAAUCCUAAUUGAAAAUACCAACAGGCAGCCCAUUUUGGCUUCGCCUAGUAAGCAGACCAAGGAGAACUUCUAGCAUUUGCAGCAUUUCCACAUGAAGUAAUUUAUUCCUUACUAGAAUUGUAGUGUCUUUUUUUGUGUGAACUUUUUUUUCUAUUUUUGGAAUGGACCAAAGAUUGAUGGUGAAAGUUUUUUUUUUCCAAACACGAGUGUAGUAUUUCAGUUGCAAUUGGACAUACAACUUUCUUGAUAAUAAAAGUGUAAUAAUGAA